AUGUCUGCCAGAAAAAAAAUACAGAUUAAAGACAAAAUGCGGAAGCUCUAUUGGUUAGUUGGCCCCCACUCCGAGUUAACUAUAGAAAACAAACGCCUACUAUAUAUAGCUAUCAAAAAACCAAUUUGGACCUAUGGAAUUCAAUUGUGGGGUGUGCCAGUAAGUCUAACAUUGAUAUAAUAAAACGCUGCCAAAACGUCGCUCUUCGGGCCAUCAUUGCAGCCUAUCGGUUUGAAAGAAACGAUGUCAUCCACCGCGAUAUGAUGCUGCCUACAGUAGUUGACGAAAUCCAAAAGUUUGAUCACAAACACGAGACAAGAUUAGAUCACCAUGUCAAUCCAUUGGCAGUCCAAUUAUUAGACAUUUCUAAAUAA